ACAGACAAGUUCUCUCCCUCUUUGCUCCACCAUCCUCAAGACUCCUUCAAGCCAAGCGUGGGCUGGGUGGCAUCUGCCUGUGCAAAGAGUAUCUAGAUCACCUCCCAUUCCUCUCAUCUUUCUUUUGCUGAUUGUCAAUGGAGGAGGAAAUGUGCAGUUUACUUUUGUUCUAAGGAAGUGCAAGUUGGAAGUGAUCCAAGGAGUGUUCUUCAUCAAUGAGUUCCUACGUGCUUUGAAGACCGGAGUUAGAAAACAAGGAAAGUGAAAACCUUCAGUUGUGUUUCCAGAAUGAAUUCCUUCCUGUUUAUUUUCACCACUUUCUUAGUUAUUCUACCUGUUAACAAUGGCAAUCCAAUGCAACUGACAUUGCUUGGACCACUUCACCCAGUCACCGCUUCUCUGAGGGAGACCAUUGUGCUACAAUGUCAUCUGUCCCCCAGAACAAAUGUUCAGAAUAUGGAGAUUACUUGGUUCCGCUCCCACAAUUCUUCCUAUGUACACCUUUAUCACAGUGGCAAAGAUCAUCUGGAACAGCAGCAGCCAGAAUACCAAGGAAGAACAGAAUUUUUAAAAGAUGGCAUUGGGGAUGGAAAGAUUGGGCUGAAGAUUUUUAACAUUAGCCUAUUUGAUGAGGGACCCUACCACUGCUCUGUUAAGAAUGGGAGUUUCCAACAAGAAGCCACAUUAGAUAUGAAAGUGACUGCAUUAGGGCCUGCUCCUCUCCUUUCCAUUGAAGGUUAUCAGGACAGAGGGAUCAGAGUGGUUUGUCGUUCCAGUGGCUGGUAUCCAAAGCCUGAAGUCCUAUGGAGAGAGCUCAACGGGAGGCUUUUAUCUUCGUUGGCAAAAAAAGAUUCACAAAGAAAUGAUGGGACAUUCGAUGUACAAGCUGACAUUAUUUUAAAAGCAAGUUCAAACUUGACCUGUGUCAUUAGAAAUAGUCUCCUUGGUCAGGAAAAGGAGUCAACCAUCCACAUAACAAAUCACUUCUUCCCCAAAAUGUCAUCCUGGAUAGUAGCUAUAUGUUUUUCCUUAAUGGCUGUGGUUGUAUUCGCUAUAUUUACUUUUUACCUACUGAACAAAUACAGAAAGCUGGUCACUGAACUGGGCUGGAGGAACAUGGUGGUACCAAUAGAAAAAGCAAACAUAGUUCUGGACCCAGAAACGGCUAACCAAGACCUGAUCCUGUCUGCAGACCAGAAAACUGUCAUACAGGGAUUCAUGUGGCAAAGUCUACCAUACAGUCCUAAAAGAUUUAACAUGGAGCGCUGUGUCCUGGGAAGGGAGGGAUUUUCCUCCGGGAAGCAUUAUUGGGAAGUAGAAGUUGGAGAGGAUGGAUACUGGGCCUUGGGGGUGGCUAGAAAUUCCAUGAAGAGGAAGGGAAAGCUCAUCCUUGUCCCAGAAGAAGGAAUCUGGGCAGUGGGAAAAGAUCGGAUCCAAUACAAAGCUCUUACCCUACCCAAGACCCCCCUGACUCUGAAGAAGAAGCCCAGGAAACUGGGAGUUUACUUGGAUUAUGAGAUGGAACUAGUUGCCUUUCAUGACGUCAAUCACCAAUUGCAUAUAUUCACCUUCUUCUCAGCCGCGUUCAAUGGGGAAGUAGUCUUCCCCUUCUUAUAUGUAGGGGUAGGGUGCUGGCUUAGAUUGUGUCCUUGGUGAUUUUCCUUUAGAAAAUCUUAGAAAAAAACCUUAGAAAUCUUAGAAAAUCUAGAAAAGUUAAUGCAGUAGAGCUCUCUCUUCACAUUAUAUGGCACUAGACAGAGACAGGCAGUUCAUUUUCCAUAUCAUGCAAGGGCUGUAAAUUGUCAUAUAGGGAUCACUUCUGCUUACUUCAGCUUUAAUAUCAUGGAGAAGGAGAAACUUGUGGGGUCUUGAGAGGUGGAAGGAUGUCACUCACCUCAAGCAAGAAAAAGUUGGAGGCCAGCCUUUUCUAUAUCUUAGUUACCUUGUUCUGAUUUACCUCAGGUUGUUUCCUCUACUUGACCCUCACAAGCUUGGAAGGAGAUCAGGAAUGGAGAAACAACCUUGGAGCUAUAGACUAAGGUGGUACAUGUGUGUUAUAUGUGUAUUAAGUGAGGGGAGCAACAUUUUUGAAAGUCAGGAAUUAUACUCUAAAAAAAUUUUUUCCAGCCUCUGUAAGAAUGAUAAUUUAGGUGAAAUAUGGUGAGGAGUGGGGGCUAAAAUGUUAAUCCUUUAUUUUUCUUUUUUCAGGUUUGCUUUUAAAAUAGAAUACUGUAUUAAUGCAAUGGGACCCUUAAUGCACUUACCCUGAGACU